AUGAUUGCACGAGAAUGCAAACUAGUCAAGCGAUUCCAGUGUUUGCACACUGCAUGUACAAGCUCGGCCACUGACCAACAACUCAAGGCAGUACUGUCGGCCGAUGAGCUGAGUUUAUGUGAACGCAAAAAGUUCACCGAAAAUUUGGGAUCGCUAAAAGGCAUUGUGGAAUGUCCAGUAGGAACGUGUGGAGCGUGUUAUUUUUUCGAUGAGCAACAAAAGCUCAAUUGCUCAUCACAUACACCAAAUUUCGCUGAAUGCACUUAUUGCAAAUAUGUAUUUUGCAUGGAGUGUAGAAAUGCUUAUCAUGGUACACAACCUUGCGAAAUUGACUCAGAACAGCGGAGAAAGCUAUUGACGAAAUACGGAAACGUCGAAUCAGUCGAUAAGAAUGGAGUAUUGGCGACUUUUGGAGGAGAAAGAAAUUUGGCCAAGUACAUUGCAAAGUUGAAGUGUGACGAGUGGAUUGACGGAAACUGCAAGCAGUGUCCAACNUGUCAUGUGAAUGUUCAUUUAUGUUACUACUUAUCGAACAUUUUAUUGGACGGUGCUAUUUGCACAUCAGUUCAGUUUACAAUCGAACAGAAUAGUGGGCAAGAUGUGGGUGAUAUCCUCUUUCACACUAUUUUUUUAGGUUUACGGGAUGCCGAAAUAUGUGUUGUUCGAUGUGUGACACCCAGUUCUGCUGGAUUUGCUGCAAGACGGAAUGUGACGAUCCAGAACUUUGUUGGUGGUUUUGUUGCUAUCGUUUGUGACUACCUCGAUGAGGAUUAUGAAUGCGACGAGGAACUGCAAGCGGAUGAUGAUGAUCGACGGGAGGGCUGCGAGGAGGUUCCGUGGCCAUCAUACCGGCCGCUUGAUAUUUAA